AUAACUCCUUCAUUUUUAAAAAUCCUCAGACCUAAACCUAUAAACCUUGAAAUUCAUACAAAAGGUAUAUCCAUUAGAAGUGAGGUGAAGAGGCUACUGAAAGUGCCUGAAACCAUAAAGAGAGAGAGAGAGAAAGAGAGAGAUGACGCUUACAACGCAUGAGCGUCCAAAACAAACAUAGCCAAAGAAGACAUAUGUAUUUUAUUAUUUUUAAAUUCCGUGGUGAAAAUGACAAGACAUGAAUGCGAUUAAUAUGAAUUGGUUAGCUUCAGCAGAAGGAGAAUCGCUGGUUCAUCAUUUUUAUGUGAAUUCUUCAAAAAAGCGAAGAUUCUAUGGCAUUUUGGAGAGGCCAUCGUUACCUUCUUCCAUUGAAGAGGUUACUUAUAAAAUCUUCAUGAUAGGCAGAUCUGGUGUGGGAAAAACUUCAAUAGUAGCGAGACUUGCAGGCACUCUGGAAUCCAACAAUUACACAGAAACUAAUGGCAUAAGAAAGACUAAUGUCUUUUGGCCUGUAAAGAUCUGGGAUAAGGUCGUUUUAUUUAAGUUACAAUUCUGGGAUACAUCAGAAAGUAGCAUAAAAAAAUAUAAUCAUAUCUUACCAGCAUGCAAGGAUAAAGUGGAUGCAAUGUGCUCUGUUUUUUCUUUCAAUGAUACAUCAAGCUUCAAUGAUAUUCCCUAUUUAAUGAAUACUAUGGCUGCUAUUAAAGAGAAACCAGCAAAUAUAGUAAUUGGCACAAAGUUUAAACCUUGGUCGAGUUCUGCCAUAGAUGAUACACAAAUCAAAGAAUUUGAAGAUAAAUGGAAAGUUAAGGUGAUCAGAAUUGAUGCUAGUAAAUCAUUAGUAAGAUCUGAAAUGUUUGAUUGUUCUUAUCAAUUAAAUGCUAUUUGUAGUAUAUUAUGGAAUAGAGAUAAAGAAUUUAUAUCUAAACUAAUGGGACAAGUUUAACAACUGCAUUUAUUAUGUAAAUGCAUUUAUUUUAUUUUAUACAAAAUAAAAAUAUAAAAAAAGA